AAUUCAUUUCACAAAAACCAUUCCGCGUGAAAAAGCACUGCUAGUUCUGCUCUGGAAUCUCCGCCUUCCCUCCAAUUUUCCUCUCCAAAUCUCACAAAUCCGACGGCGCGAUUCGUCUCCGGCAGUGGUAAGGGAGCUCCGCAAAUGGGGAAAGACGACGGCGAGACGAGGGGAGAGGCAGAGGAGCGCGUAAUAGACGAGGAGUACAAGAUUUGGAAGAAGAACGUACCGUUUUUGUACGAUCUGGUAAUCACACACGCGCUCGAGUGGCCGUCGCUGACGGUGGAGUGGCUGCCUGGCCGGGAGGAGCCGCCGGAGAAGGACUACGCCGUCCAGCGGCUAAUUCUCGGCACGCACACUUCGGAGGACGAGCAAAACUCUCUGAUGCUGGCGGAGGUUCAGUUGCCUUUCGAACACACUGAGAAGGACGCUCGCCAUUACGCCGAAGAUCGCGCCGAAUUUGGGUAUAAAAAUGGGAAGGUGCAGAUCAUCCAACAAAUUAACCACGAGGGGGAGGUGAAUCGCGCUCGUCACAUGCCUCAAAAUCAAUCCAUUAUUGCCACCAAGACAGUCAGCGCAGAAGUUUACAUAUUCGAUUACAGUAAACAUCCGUCUAAACCUCCCCUGGAUGGUGCGUGCAGCCCCGAUUUGAGACUCACUGGUCACAAUGCCGAAGGCUAUGGCUUGUCGUGGAGUCACUUCAAGCAGGGCCACUUGUUGAGCGGCUCAGACGAUUCCCAGAUAUGCUUAUGGGACAUAAGUGCUGUUCCAAAUAACAAGUCUCUAAAUGCCAUGCAGAUAUUUAAGGUUCAUGACGGCGUGGUCGAAGAUGUGGCUUGGCAUUUCAAGCAUGAGCACUUAUUUGGUUCCGUUGGAGACGAUCAAUAUCUGCACGUGUGGGAUCUACGAACCCCAUCUCCUGUAAAGCCUAUACAAUCGGUGACUGCGCAUCAAAGUGAGGUGAACUCCCUGGCUUUCAAUCCAUUCAACGAGUGGGUCGUGGCAACCGGAUCCACCGACAAAACCGUAAAAUUGUUCGAUCUACGCAAGAUUUCCAUGGCAUUACACACUCUGAAUAGCCACAAGCGGGAGGUUUUCCAGGUUGGAUGGCAUCCGAAGAACGAAACCAUCUUAGCUUCUUGCUGUCUCGGUAGACGAAUGAUGGUCUGGGAUCUUAGCAGGAUCGACCAAGAACAGGCCCCCGGAGACAAUGAGGACGGGCCACCGGAGCUGCUGUUUGUUCACGGUGGGCAUACGAGCAGAAUCUCCGACUUCUCGUGGAAUCCGUGCGAUGAUUGGGUCGUUGCCAGCGUAGCUGAGGACAAUGUUCUUCAGGUGUGGCAGAUGGCCGAGAACAUCUAUCACGACGACGACGAGCUGCCUGCCGCGGGCGGAGACAGAAGAUGUGAUGGGUAUUUAAAUUCUGGGACCUCACCGGGCACCGCCAAGCCGACGCAAUAGCGGACAACUUAUGUAAACAUCCUACACGUACCCACCCACCAGAACAUUCUUUCUCUUAUAAAUACAAACAAAUUCAGCAUAUUUUCACAGCUAUUACAAUUACAAGUACAAAACUCCACCGGAGAAGAGGUGAAGAGGAUACUAACAAGAAAUAAUUAAACGAUGAAGGAGACGCAGCUAAGGUGAAGACAGACAUCGGAAAACGAAGACCUAGAAGAAAGGAGAAGAAAAUUGUACAGCAUCAUCCACAAC